AUGGCUGAAAUCAACGAGCGCGCAUCGACGUCAUCGCCUCCAGUCCCUUCUACACCUGCUCCCGUACCACAUAUCAGACAGUUAGCUGACAACAUGACUGAUAAAGUUGGAAAAUUCUUCGAGCAUCAGAUUGAGGGAUCUAUCGAAGAAUACAAAUUGCUGGAGAACAUGAACAACACUACUGCUCAACGCUACGUGGAUAUGAAGGUGGUUGCUGAGAAGUUGGCUGGAAAAUUGGACAAUUUGAAUACCAAGUAUGAGAACUUGCGUCCAUACUUGACUCAAAUCGAUGCAAUGGAUGAGAGUACUCGUAGAUUGGAGGAAGCGACAGCAGUGUUGGAGAAUUAUGUCUCCCAACUUGAGUCCAAGCUCACCAACAUCCAACAGCAACCUCAAUAA